AGACCGCCGUCAAAACUUAAAUGUACAGUACUAUCGUAGACGCCGAAAGAAUAACUUUCAAGUCAAAUUUGAAACCGAAUAAUUAAUUGAGUUGAACUUUUUAACUUUACAAACACUGUUUUAGCUUCAAUAGUCUUUCUUUUGUGUUUUCCAGCAAAUUUUAAAAAUGUAUUUUGCAGCAGCAGCGUUUAUCUUGCUGCUAGCUCCCAAUCAUCAAGCAAGCCCUACAAGUGAUUUAAGAUCCGCAGAAGAUUUGACUGUAUUUCACCAGGAUCAACCAACCAUUCAGCAUGCAGUAAAGCCUAGAUCUGUGGAAGUAGCUACCAGACUUUUGGGAAGCAGCAGUGGUACUAUAGUUGGAUCCUCUUCAGGAGACUUGGCUUCUGGCAUUAGUGGCGCCGGUAGUAGCGCAGAAACAGCGCCAUCUCACCAACCAAGCUCUAGCGGAGGAACCGGAUCGGGAUCGGGUUCUAUUUUAAACUUAGUUGCACCACUAGUAGGAAGUAGCAGUGGCAGUGCCAGUGCUAGUUCUUCAGGAAGUUCAUCAGGAGGAACCAGUGAUGGAACCUCCUCAAAUGAUGGAGCUUCAAGUGAUGGACCUAGUCCGGGAAGUGCUAGUAUUCUUUCUUUGUUGGGACCUCUUUUAAGUAGCAGCGGUGGAAGUGGAGGAAAUGGAGGAGAUAGUAGUGAUAGUUCAGGAUCUGGUGGAUCAUCAGGCAUCUUAAGUCUUUUAGCUGGUUUGUUUAGUAGUAGUAGUGGAAACGGUGGUCAAGGAACUACAGACGAUUCUUCUGCUAGUGGCGGCGGCUCAAGUAGCAUUUUAAAUCUUGUUGGACCGUUAUUAGGCAGUAGCAGUGGUAGUGGAGGUAAUGGCGGUGAUAGUGCAGACGCCAGUGCGGGUGGUGGAAGUGACUUAUUGGGUCUUGUAGGAUCUAGCAGUGGUUCUAGCAGUGGAGCUGGUGGUGGUACAAAAAUUGAUAAUUCUAUACCUGAUGCAUCUAUUGAGUCUACAACAGGCUUAACACCAGCCACCCCGGUAAGAAGAAGGCAAACUGCCAGACAACCAACAUAUGAUGAUUUGAUACGAGAAAACCGUAGAAGAGGCAUUUUUCAUUUUUGAUUUUAAUAAGUCACACCAUCACUAGUAGAUAUUAUAUAUAGUAAUUUCAGUUAGAAAAUCACAAAAAUAUAACACAUAUUUAGAAUAUUGAAAUCAAACACAAUAGAAGUCAUACACAUAACGCACGGAUGAACAUUUUCCACUCUAAAAUAAUGGCUUUUAAAACUUUCCUAAAUUUGGCAAAGAGAAGUCUCAAAACAAUUCUGUUGACUAAGUUAGAUGCAUUCCUGUGCGUAUUAAGAUCAACGAUUAAGGAAUUCACUAUUGCCAACUAUUAAUUUAUGUACAUCGAAAAUAAUUAAGUGUUCGUGUAUUACCCUAACAGUCAAUUUUUUUAAUUUCCAUAUAUUUAUAAUGCAAUUUUUGUUUACAUAAUUUAAAUCAUUGAAUUAAUUGCCAUUUAUAUUAUAUACAUCUAAAAAGAAUAUUUAUAUUUUACUAUUAAUUUUUUUUUUUUAUAUUUUACAUGAACAUAUCAAAUUUAUUUGUAUUUUUUAUUUUUGUAAAUAUUUUAAUGUAAUAGAAAAGUGCCUAUGUAGUGAUUACACGUACGAUUUAAUAAGACAUUACCUAUAGUUCUCUAGAAACAAUAUAUUAGAUAAUAUAUGUUAUUUUAGUAUUAUGUAAAUAAUUGGGGGUAUAAAUGAUAAUGUAUUUAAAAUAAAUAACUUUGUAGUAUUGUGCUAUCUAAAAACUCUAUUUUUUGUAG